AAGAGAAUCCGUGGGAGGGAGCAUGUAGGAUUCCCUGUUUGUGUGGCUGACAGUUUCCAUGUUGCGUCAGUGAGACUGACACAAACCGCAUCAAAGACCGCCUCGUUGCACAUGUCACAUGACCAGGAGAGGGACUACCUGCUUAGACACCUCCCUCUUCCCACAACUGACACCUACAGGCCUUUAUAUACCCAGCCCCAAUUGACAGAAACACACACAACAGCAGAGAGAUCAAAGAGGGACCCAGAGAGAAAAUACUAAGCUAGGUUUGCAACAACAAUCUGUUGAUCAAAACUUCAGAAGAAAGGAAAAAAGAGAAAAGAAGAGACCAUGUGGCUGUUCCUCCUCUUGGGAACAUCCCUGUUAGUGACAGGGGGUCGGUGUCAGUGUCUGUCUGAGUAUACUGAGAUGUUCGCAGAGGCAGGGUCCCAGGCAGUGUUACCCUGCAUGUGUCGCCCUCCCUCCACCUCUGCAGCCGUCGUUCUCUGGAGCAAGGACCUUAAGGGGACGGUGUGGAGAAAGGGAAAGAGUGGACUGGAGCACUGGGGAAUAGGAGCUGCCCAGCGUGUUCGAUGCCCCCAUUCAGAGGUUGGAGCUGGUGACUACAGCCUGUACAUAAAGGAGGUGAGGGAGGGGGACAGCGGAAAUUACACCUGCAUGGUGCAGGAUGGCGAGAAAAACCUCUCUAAGAGGAUCCUCCUCAGGGUCAUCAAAGUAUCCAUCUCCCCACCUGCUCCAGUGGAGGGCAACAAAAUGACGAUCACUUGCAGUGUCACUCCAUGGCCACGGAAGGCGACAGUGAGCUGGAUGCUCAACGAGAAGCGAGUUUACCCUGACAGUGCAGAUUAUGUCAUUUCAAAGAACCAGGCGAGUGUUUUGGAGAGCAAAGCAUCUGCAAGCAUGAUGGGUAACUGGAGCUGUGUAGUGCAUAAAGGGAGGAAACCAGGGAAGGCCACCACGGCCCUGACAGUGAGAGGUAUCGUUAACCCCUCCAGUGCCAGUGCCAAGGUGUAUGCUGAGGUGGGGUCUGCUGUCACCCUCCCCUGUGUGUUCUCCACUGGACUCACCCCGUCAGACACAGUCUGGGAGAGACUGGACACCUCUGGCUCUGCUCUCCCACUCCCACCCUCCUUCAACCUGUCCUCCCUGCUAUCCCUCUCUCCCUGGGACAGGUCUGUGGGUGUGGGGCAAGUGGGGCAGGGGGACGGGGGCAGGUACAGGUGCUCAGGGACAGUGGAGGGGUGCCGGGUAACCAGGGAGAUGCAGCUGGUGACUGCCCAAGUGCUCAGCAACUCACCGUCUACCCAGAAGGCCCCAGUCUCACUGACCUGUCACCUCAGCGAUGCCAGCGAGGUCAUUGAAUAUGAGUGGGUACAAGUGACCUAUGACCUCAAUGGCACCCAAUCAGAGAGCUCCGUCCAGAAAGGGAGGGUCCUGGGAAUCAACAAAGUGACAGACAGGAACUCUGGCGAAUGGGCUUGUCGAUUCCACGGGAAAGAAGGAGCUCUGGGGAGCGUGACAUACCACCUACAUCUGAUGAGUGGUCUGAUGGGAGAUAAUGAGACAGGUUCUUCCAGUAAUGUUGCCGUGGUAGCCGGCCUGGGUUUCUUCCUCUUGGUGCUGCUGUUGGUCUUGGUGCAGAUGUACAGGAACUAUCGGAGGCGCAAGCUGAUCCUGCUGUACCCUGCCCUGGAGACCAUUGUUCACACCAUUGCUAACGAGAGAGAGGACAGAGAGAGGAACAGAGUGAAAGAAGAUGAGAUCUCCAAAUAGAGGAGACUGCAAUAUGACAUUUGAAAUCAUUUGACAUGUCUACGAUCCAUUGGGAGAUUAUGUGGUAUUUGUACAUAUUAAUUCAGUGCAGACAAUUGUAGCAGUUUCUUUCCUACUUUCACCAAAAAAUGUGAUUAAUCUUUUACUUGAAAUGUGAUUGAUUUUGUAUAUGUUUGCCUUAUUUUUCACUACCGGCACCUUAACCACCUAUAAGACUUUUGUAAUAUAAUGAAUCCCUGAGAAUACAAUUAUCUAAACACUU